UCUCUUCUCCUCAUAGACACCUAGCUACUGCUCCGCUCCGCUUCCAUGGCUGCCGACGGCGACGCCCCCGCCGAGCUCCACAGCGCCACCCGCGGCGACGACGCCGCAGCCAAGCCGCUCCUCUCCCCGCCCUCCGCCCCCGCCGCCGCACCCACGGCCGCGGCGCAGGAGACCCUCGAGGAGCUGGACCGGAGGUACGCGCCGUACGCGCGGCGGGACGCCUACGGGCCGAUGGGCCGCGGGCCCCUGGGGCCGGCGGAGGCGGCGCGCCUGGCCGUCGCCGCGGCCCUGCUCCUCCCGCUCCGGGUCGUGGCGGCCCUGCUCCUGCUCGUCGCCUACUACCUCGUCUGCCGCGUGUGCACGCUCGGGGUGGAGGAGGAGCGCCAGGGGGCCGAGGGCCCGGGGGACGGCUACGCGCGCCUCCGGGGAUGGAGGCGGGACGCCGUCGUGCGCUGCGGCCGCAGCCUCGCGCGCGCCAUGCUCUUCGUCUUCGGCUUCUACCGGAUCCGCCAGGACCGCCGCGGGGCCGCAGCUGCCCAGGACGAGGACCUGGGCAAGUCUGAAUAUUUGGGAAGACCAGGGGCAAUUGUAUCUAAUCAUGUAUCACAUUUGGAUAUUCUGUAUCACAUGUCAUCUUCCCUUCCAAGUUUUGUUGCUAAGAGAUCAGUGGCCAGAUUGCCCCUAGUUGGUCUCAUAAGCAAAUGCAUGGGUUGUAUUUUUGUUCAGCGAGAGUCUAAAGCUUCGGAUUUCAAAGGUGUUUCAGGUGCUGUAACUGAAAGAAUCGAGCGAGCUCAUAGACAAAAAGACUCUCCAAUGAUGCUACUCUUUCCUGAGGGUACAACUACAAAUGGGGACUAUCUCCUUCCGUUCAAGACAGGAGCCUUUCUUGCAAAAGCACCAGUACGGCCAGUCAUUUUAAGAUACCCAUACAAGAGAUUUAGUCCAGCAUGGGACUCCAUGGAUGGGGCACGCCAUAUAUUGCUGCUCCUUUGUCAGUUUGCAAACUAUCUAGAGGUUGUCCAUUUGCCUGUGUACUAUCCUUCUCAGCAAGAAAAAGACGAUCCAAAGCUCUAUGCAAGUGAUGUACGGAAAUUGAUGGCAGUGGAGAAGGAGCAUACUGUUGAUGACAAGGAGCAUACUGUUUAUUUUCCCAAGAGGAUUGAUAAAGUAUGUGGAGUUAAUACAAUUUCUAAUGUGAGAACUAUCAAAGUAGGAGUUAUUGAUUGUUCUAUAUAUGAGCCUAAAGAAGGAUAUCAAAAUAUUAUGAUUGGAUCCAUAUCAAUUCAAUACAAGAAAAGGAAGAUGGAUAACCAUACCUUUGGAGAAAUGUUCGAAAGAGAGACGACAAGCACGGGGAGGCCCUCAAGGGCAGCCACUCGAAUUAGACGAUCCUAUAAUGAGGAUGUCAUCGCACCGAGCUUCGAAGUUGAAGAGGAUAAUGGAGUUUCUAAUGCUUCAUCCUUUCCAUGUUAUGACUUUUUGCGUAAUGCAGGGCUGCUUGAUGACUUCUUGUUCCUCAUCAAUAAUGUGAGCUUAUCUACCUAUAUGGAAGAUGAGAGGAGUCAAUACUACAUGCUAACUAAAAUCUUUGUUGAAAGCUUCCAGUUCAACAACACACACUUCCAACCAUCAGUUACAUUCAGGAUUUAUGAUAGGCCUAUUACUAUGAAGUUGAAAGAUUUUGUACUGCAUUGAAUAUUGCUCCUGUAGGUACAACGAAGAAGAUCGAGAAAAGUCCCAAGACCUUGACGGAGCUCUAUUGAGAAGUUAGCAAUGAUGAUAGCCGCACCAUUCAGCGCGGCAAGAUAAGAAACAUUCAACUCCCUGCCAUUAGAUAUUUCGCUUACUAUCUUGCUACUAGCAUUUUUGGUAGGGAGAACACUAGAAAUAUUUCUAGUUAUCAUCUUGCUUUCCUAGUUGCUACACUUACUGGAAAGACACCUUAUCAUCUUGGUGCUCUUGUUGCUCGUCGUUUAUCCAAUAAGGGCCUAGUUUUGGAGGACUAUUUAACUCUUGGGAUUAACAUGCGCUAGAGCUUUUAAUUUUUUAAACAGGAGUAAAAUUAUUUUGAGAGGUGUUUGUUGUUGUCAACGAAUGGUAGUGGGCACUCUAACUACCUCGUCAACCAGACUUUCAAGAGCGGCUCCCAUGAAGGCAAUAAUUUCUCCAAAAAUAGGCCCCUUAGUGGAUAAACGACGAGCAACAAGAGCACCAAGAUGAUAAGGUGUCUUUCCAGUAAGUGCAGCAACUAGAAAAACAAGAUGAUAACUAGAAAUGUUGCUAGUGUUCUCCCUACCAAGAAUGCUAGUAGCAAGAUAGUAAGCGAAAUAUCUAAUGGCAGGGAGUUGAAUGUUUCUUAUCUUGCCGCGCUGAAUGGUGCGGCUAUCAUCAUUGGUAACUUCUCGAUAGAGCUCCAGCAAAGCCUUGAGAUUAUUCUCGAUCUUCUUCGUUGUACCUAUAGGGGCAAUAUCCAAUGAAGUACAAAAAUCCUUCAACUUCAUGGUAAUAGGAUUAUCAUAAAUCCUGAAUGUAACUGAUGGUUGGUAGUGUUUGUUGUUGAACUGAAAGCUCUCAACAAAGAUUUUAGUUAGCAUGUAGUAUUGAUCCCUCUCAUCUUCCAUAUAGGUGGUUAAGCCCACAUUAUUGAUGAGGACCAAGAAAUCAUCCAGCAGCCCUGCAUUACUCAAAAAGUUAUAACAUGGAAAAGAUGAAGCGUUAGGGACUCCAUUAUCCUCUUCAACUUCGAAUCUCGGUGCGAUGACAUCCUCAUUAUAGGAUCGUCUAAAUCGAGUGGUUGCCCUUGAGGGCCUCCCCGUGCUUGUCGUCUCUCUUUUGAACACUUCUCCAAAGUUAUAGUUAUCCAUCCUCCUUUUCUGAAAUUUUUCAACAAACAUUAUAAAAGUUGAUUUGGAGACAUAUAAUUGAGGGAAACUACUAUAGGAACUUGGUAGAGUACUAAACGUGCAUCAAAACUAAUUCUUACAACUUAGAACAAGCAUGCAAGCUCACUUAAUAUGUUACCUACAGCAGCCGAUAUACUCAACCAAACAAAAUUCUACUUGGAUAAUCGGAGGAGUCACAUACCGGAGAGCAAAUGUGCCAAAUUUCAGACAGAAAUCUGGGCUGAGCAAAGAGAUCGAGAAAUCCUGAGCUCUUGAGCAAAAACGCGAGUGAGAGAAAGUUGGUACGAGUUUUUUCGGGAGAGAGAGUGGAAUGGGAGGAAGAGAUGACUUAGUGGGGCAAGGAGGGGCCCACACCAUAGGGUGGCGCGCCCCCCUCCUUGGCCGCGCCGGCACAUGGGGGGCAGCCCUGGGGUGCCCCACUGGUCAGCCCCAGGUGCUCCCAGGUAGCUCUUCGAAAAAUAAGACCAACGAUAUAAUUUUUGUGAAUUUUUGAAAACUUUGAAAAAUGCACAUUUCUGGGUGUUAAAAUUAUUACUACUGGGCAGAAAAAGAUUUUCAAACCUCUAAACAAUUAAUGAACCUUGCAAAACAAUUAGUGCUACAGCAAGUAGAACAAGUGGCGGAAGAAAGAAAUGUUGUUUAGCUCCUCUAUGCAUAUAAAAUGUACUUGUUAACAAGGUUGAUCAAGUCUUGCCACCAAAUAAAUUUUACACGACAUAAGAAGAAAUAAACCUCAAAUCAAUCAUGUUACCUUGUAUUAAAUUGAUAUGGAUCCAAUCAUAAUAUUUUGAUAUCCUUCUUUAGGCUCAUAUAUAGAAUAAUCAAUAACUCCCACUUUGAUAGUUCUCACAUUAGAAAUUGUAUUAACUCCACAUACUUUAUCAAUCCUUUUGGGAAAAUAAACAGUAUGCUCCUUAUCAUCAGCAUUGUGGAGAUUGCAACAUGAGAAUAGUGGAGGAAGUCUUGUAGCUCCACACAUGGAAUAAACGAGGACACUGUCCUUAUAGUGGCAUUGUGCAUAUAGGAAGAGGCUACCCGCCUACUUGCCAUGUAUUAGGCAUUCUGUUUCAUCAAUGUAAUAACAUGAUGUGCUGUAUACCCAUGUCAUCGUAUUCAUAUGUAUUUUGUCUGGUACAAUUGAGUAAAAGAGAUUAAUUUAUUUUUA